CAGAAGGCGAGAGGAGGAGACAGGAGAAGGCUGGAGAAGGCUGGAGAAGGCUGGAGAAGGUCGGAGAAGGUCGCGCAGGAGGAUCUAAACCUCACUGAGUGUCUGUUUGUGCUUGUAAAUAAAAGGGCAGAUUGAGGACCGGAAGUGAGGAAGCCGCUCAGGAUGGCGCACUGCAGCAGUUCUUCAGAGAGUACACACAGUAAACCUCUUACUUUCAGCACUCAGAAGGAAAUGUUUGAGAAAAUGGAGGAAUCGUUUAAAUUCUGUGCCAGAUGUGAGAAACAACCCUCACAGGCAGCCAACACACUGAAACGCUGUGCAAGGUGUCUGAAUGUGUAUUACUGCAGUAAAGAGUGUCAGAAAGAGGACUGGUCUGUGCAUAAGAAGUAUUGUGCAAAGUUGCGUAUGGCCGCAGUAGACAGACUGGUAGAGUGGCUCAUUUAUCAAGGAGACCUGCCUUUCCCUACAGAGGCGUGGUCUAAACCUGCUAAAGAGGUUCGGUGCUGGGAGGAUUGGCUCUCCAUUCAGGGUGACCUCACGGCCCGGAUGGAGCCCAUCCUGUCUGGAAAGAACAUGACAGACCUCUGGAACAAUGCCUGCCGGCCACGCCCUGAGGAGGCGGAGCUUCGUGAAUCUGUGUGGCGCGUGUGUAGCGAGUUCCUCUCACGUCCACUGACUAUCGGAAUGGCAAUGAAGAUGUUCAGUCUGGACCCGUAUUCUCGACCUCUCACCAUCCACAUCAUUGGGGCAGGGAACACUGAGACCCUGGGUGCGAGGACGACGGAUCUGGAUGAGCUGAGUCGUAUGUUCCCUGGACAUCAGGGCCUGGAGGUGGUCAUGGUGGGGCCGGAGGUAGUGAAAGGGCGGAUUAUGAGGCCUCCAUUAAGGGCGUUUGGUCCACGAGGACGCGUCUACAUCAGCGCCUACAAGGGUCUGUACCAUGAGUUCUGGGAGGAGCUUGUGGAGAAAGGAGAAGCAGCCAGACCAGACCUUGUGGUGGGGUUUCAUCCAGGGUUUGAUUCCAGGCAGGGAAUGGCAGAUGGAUGGUUACCAACACUGCUGCUGCUCAGAGACUACAACAUCCCUACCUUGUUCACUAUGACCAAUGAUGGAGAGCUGAAGUACUCCAUGCAGAUCUUGAUGGAGUUGGAGAUGGACAUUAAAGGCACUGGGCCGAACCCUUUCAGUUCCCAGAAGCCUGAGCAGGUGCAGUCGUGUCCCAACAAAGAGCCGAGCUACUGCAAUGCCUUCUACCUGAACUUCCAGGGCCUGCUGGAGGACAAGCUGGAGGAGGAGGACUAGAACUUUCACAAACACCUUUAACCUCUUAUCUCAUAACUGGAGCACAGAUGAAUGUUUGACAUCCAAACAAAAAAAUCUCCACAUAAAUCUCUGAGGAACCUUCCAUCUUCACAAACAAACUCUGACCAACCUUCCACCUCCACAUAAAAAAAUUUUAUCCUGUUUUAUCCUCCUGUUAUUUAAACAAUCUGUGAUAUGAAUUUUUUUUAUUUAAUUGGAGGUUUAGGGUUCCCAUCUGGACUGGUUUUUUUUUUUGCAUAAGUAUUUCACCCCCUUGAUCAUUUCCACACUUUGUAGUGUUACAACCUUGAACUGAAAUGGACAUAAUUGGCAUUUUAUGUCAUAGAUCUACACAAAAUAGCCCAUAAUAAUCAAUAUAGUUUAGAAAACAGUAUCAUGAAGACCGAAGAGCUAUCGAAACAGGUUCUGGAAAAAGUAUCACUCAGGGAGUGUUAUUAAAAAUAUCCACACUUACGGCAGCAUUAAAUCCAUUAUUUCUAAAAUGGUUAUAGGUCUUCAUCCUUUAUAUAUUAUCUGUAAAGCUGCUUUGUGAUAAUGCCCAUUGUUAAAAGUGCCUUACGAAUAAAACUGAACUGAAUUCA